AUGGAAUUAAAGUUGAAGGUCAAAUUACAUACAGCAGUAGAAGUCGAUCUAAAAACAGUAGAAGUGGAAAAACCAACACCAUUCCCCACCCCUUUCAAAAAAGUGUACUCGCCCAAAGGUGUGCUGCGAGCUCAAGAAGAAUUCACGCGAUCGCUAACAGAAUCUCCUAACGAUGGCAAACGAAUGAUAUCGGAACCAACAAAAGUCCACAAAGAUGUUUUACACGCACAAACCACCUGCCGAAGCUGUCCCAAAACGGAAGUCGAAGUCGCCCGAACGAUUGCGAACAACCGAACGCCGUCCGAAGUCGCCCGACAACAAGUCUCGAGAGAAGUCGUUGUAGGGCAAGUCGGCGGCUGUCAAACGAACGUUAGAUCUGGCGGGCUAGUCGAAGUCGAUGUCGAACGGUCACGAUUAGAUGAUGGCGAGAAGAUCUUAACGAAUCCUGUGAUAACUAAUAACUUAGUGCCUUCCCAAAAUAAAUUGUCUGAGAAUGUCUCUGAUGAGCAAGUCGCAGGGUACAAUUCGAACAUGGCGGUCCAAUCGAAACUUUUGGCUGGUUCAGAUAAUAGGCAUUUACUUACAAAUUGCCAAUUGUCUCCAUACAACAGUCCAACAAAUAGUCCUAGGAGUAAUAGAAAAAGACAACCACUACGAGAGUCUCGAAGAGUUAGCAUAGAAAAAUCUGGAAUGUAUCUACAACUAAACCAGUACAGACUUAUGGAUAGCAUUGGCCAGGGAUCUUACGGCAUAGUGAAGCUAGCGUAUAACGAAGAAGACGAUACCCAUUACGCAAUGAAGAUCCUGUCAAAGAAAAAGCUCUUGAAAAAGGCGGGAAUGUUUGGUCGUCUACCUCCAGCACGCAAAGAUACUAGAUCCAAUUCAUCGCCAAUCAAUCACCCUUUCCAAAAAGUGUAUAGAGAAAUCGCCAUUUUGAAAAAACUGGACCAUCCUAAUGUAGUUAAGCUGGUUGAGGUACUAGACGAUCCGGUGGAAGAUCAUCUUUAUUUAGUAUUUGAGCUUCUGGAUGGUGGGCAGGUAUUAGAAAUACCGACUGAUACUCCACUGGAUGAGGAUAGAGCGUGGACGUAUUUUAGAGACGUAGUGCUGGGCAUUGAGUAUCUUCACUACCAGAGGAUAAUCCAUCGCGAUAUCAAGCCGGCAAACUUGCUCCUCAGCGAUACGGGCCGCGUUCAAAUAGCCGACCUCGGGGUGUGCAAUGAGUUCCACGGAGCCGACGCUUUUCUUUCCACCACCGCGGGCACGCCGGCAUUCACCGCCCCCGAAGCUUUGAACGAGAAGAGAGAAGCCAGUUUCAGCGGAAAGGGUGCGGAUAUUUGGUCGAUGGGGGUUACUCUCUACGCAUUUGUCUACGGUCAAGUGCCAUUUUUCGAUAAUAAUAUAGUAGGAUUAUACUCAAAGAUUAGGAGCCAACCAGUCGUCUUUCCAGAAUCACCUUCCAUCAGUGACAAUCUCAAAGAUCUCAUCAAGAAGAUGCUUGUGAAGGAACCAACCCAAAGAAUAACUUUGCCCGAAAUAAAGGUGCAUCCAUGGGUGACUCGACAUGGACAAUAUUCGCUUCCAUCGGAAGAGGAAAAUUGUGAUUUGGUCGAAGUGACUGAAGAGGAAGUAGCUAAAGUUAUUACUUCGAUUCCGAAGUUAGACACUUUAAUUUUAAUCAAACACAUGCUCAAGAAACACUCCUUCCAGAACCCCUUCCUUCAUCGACGAGACACCACCGUGGUACCACCCGUAUCUCACUCGAGUUCGGUUACUACGCCACGUCGACACAUCGGCCAAUCCGGUCGUUCGAAUUCCGCACCUGGCAGCUACGAUUGGCGGAACGAGAAGCAGCUGAGUAUCGAAACGAACUUAGAGUGCGUUCAAGAGGUCAGCGCCGAUCAAGGCAAGGACGAAAUUCCCGUCAACGGUCGACAAGUGGACGAAGAAGAGAAACGGUGA